AUGGGUAACGCUAUAUCUCAUGCUACUAAAAGAAUAAGAAGAAUUCUAGAGGUUUUUAACAGUGAUAAAGAAUUGGACCUAACAAUUAUUGGGUUGGAUGCUGCUGGUAAAUCUACUUUGAUAAGCCUCUUUAAACAUGAUAACGAACUUAUCAAGCCAACACUUGGGUAUAGUAUUGAACAAAUAAACGUCCACAAUAAGAAACUAAAAGUUUUUGAUCUGGGUGGACAAGCUGGUAUUAAAAAAUUCUGGGAUAAAUAUGUUACUAAUAUCAACGGUCUAAUCUUUAUGAUUGAUAUUGCAGAUUCUAAUAGAUAUGGAGAGGCAUACAACAGUCUUUAUUCAAUUUCUUCUGAUGUUAAAGAUGGAAUACCAAUUCUGUUUCUAUUAAACAAAUCAGAUUUAAUAAACAACGAUCAAGAAUUAAACAAUCGAGUUAAUGAAGUUGUUAAUAAAUUCCAAAUUAAAAACGAUGAAAUAGAAUUGAAAGAUAAGAAAUUUAUGACUAAAGUUGUUGUUUGUUCUGUUAAAAAUGAACAAGAAAAGUCAAAGGGUGGUAGAAUGAAUGAUGUUGAAGAAUCUGAUAUUGGCAAUGCUUUCAAAUGGAUUAUUAAGAUUGGAGAAAAUAACAGCCCCAUGGUUAGUGAAGUGUUCAAAUAA